AGGCCGCGGGCGGCGCGAUGACCGGCGGGCGUUCCCGACAGGCCCUGCGGUGGUCGCCAACCGCUGGGUUUGAAUCGCAGCUCCACUCGGCGGCGCCAUGGGCGCUGCGUCUUUGCCCUCGGCCUGGCAGCUCUACCUCAAGGACCAUCGUAUCUCUACGUUCAAGAACUGGCCCUUCUUGGAAGGCUGCGCCUGCACUCCGGAGCGGAUGGCCGCGGCCGGCUUCAUCCACUGCCCCACGGAGAACGAGCCCGACUUGGCUCAGUGUUUCUUCUGCUUCAAGGAGCUGGAAGGCUGGGAGCCAGAUGACGACCCCGUAGAGGAACAUAAAAAGCAUUCUUCUGGUUGUGGUUUUCUUUCUGUCAAGAAGCAUUUUGAAGAAUUAACCCUCAGUGAAUUUUUGAAACUGGACAAAGAAAGAGCCAAGAACAAGAUUGCAAUGGAAACCAGCAAUAAGCAGAAAGAAUUUGAAGAAACUGCAAAGAGCGUGCGCUGUGCCAUAGAGCAGCUGGCUGCCCAGGACUGAUGCCCCUGCCCUGGUCACUGCUCCCAAAGUGGGCUUCGUCGCUGCUGAGGCGCGUUCCCCUGCCUUGGCGUUUCUGUGGGGAAACGGCAGCAUUUAGAAAUUAGAAUGUUCAAGUAUACUUUUUUUUCUUCUUUAAAGUGGUGCAGGGCUCCUUGUGUUUGUGCAGCGGGUGCCCCCUUCUCUGGUGGCCUUUGCUGUGUUGGGCCCUGGGCUUCCGAGGGUGAGAAGGCAAAGUCGUUCUGGGGGUAGAGCCUUUCCUGGCAAAAAUGUUUGGGCUUCACGUUGACAGCCGGCUCUCCAGCCCGAGACUUGUUGUGUGAGUGCCAUUAUAGGUCCACUGUGCUUGGACAAAUAGAGAAUUAAGGAUACCAUUUAAAUUUUAUUUGCCUAAUAAUCUAAAUUUAUAGAGUGCAUUUCUUGUGUUUCAGAUACUCUGUUAUUAUCUCGCUCUGACAUUGACAGGUCCUGUGACCCCCCCUUUGAGCCGCCCCACCCCGGCCUGUGGUCCUGCAGCAGCCUCCCGUUACUCCAGAGCAGAGUGUACGAAAUCACAUCCCUGCCAAAGCUCUCAAGUGCCACGUGGGGUAGGGCUUUCCCGCCUGUCCCAUCCCUUGUAACGUGCAGGUUCCCAGAGGGAGAAGCAGCGGCCCUGGGCCCAGGCUUCCUCGGGACCUGAUGUGUGCCAGAGCCCCUGCACAGCAAGCCUGGUGGCUGGGGCGCGGAGCAGGAUGUCUUCAGAGUAAAGCCAGCCUCUUGCCUUGAGGCCAUUUGAAGAUACUUCCUCACCUCCAGUGGGCACAUGGCAAGGUUGCUGCAUUUCCCUAAAACAUGAGGAAAAGGGCUUUAAUGCCAGAUAGGCGGUUUUCAGGGGCCUGCUUCGUCCUCUCUGGGUACAAGAGCGCGCAGCAGCGUGGGUGCCUGCCCGGAGUCCUGCUCUGGACUCGCCGUGCUGUGUGGAUGGGGCUGGUGGGUGCGGGAUGAAAAGCCCGUGGAAGAGCUCCUGGUCGUAGUAUUCCCGGAACUCUGCAAACAGCCAUUUCCCAUUAAUGAUGCGGAUUAGGGGGCUGAUAAUUCACCGUCUUUCUAAUGUGAAUCUUCCUCAAGGAGGGCAAUGGAAUAAAUCAGUUAAUUGAAAAAGUGUAUUGGAAAACCUCUUUUGGAAAAACUUUUAUAAAUAGAUGACUUGCUUAUAUUGUUUGCAAUAUUUUAAGGUCAUAAAUUCAGUGAUACUUGGGUUUCAACCCCAGUAUGGACUAAGUAGAGUUUGAGCUACAGUAGUUAAAAACAAGGUGGUCUGCGACCCCUACUCCAGGCCCUGAUUCUGGUGCCCCCAGCAGGAUUCUUGCCGUGAGGGCUCAGCCCUGUGUUUGCUGAGUCCGAGCUGUGGUUUUCUCAUCUGUAACACGGGGUCAUAUACCUCGCACUGUUUUGGCUGGCUUAUUGUAGAACAUGAGUUUUGUGUGAGGAGGGGAAUUGAGACAAAGCCCUCAGCCGCUCUUAAGGUUCUGCAAUGUUGCUUUUUUUGUUACAAUUAUUAUGUCACAGAACAGCACAAACUUUUACAAUUUGUAUUGUACAAAUACAAUUUGAUAAAAUGAUUUACAAUUAAAA